CUGCGUUUAUUACGGUUUCAACUGUCGAAGCGUUCAGUUCGAUUGAUUGAUUUUACACUCGGGUUUUGAGUCCAUAAGUUUGAGCCACAAGAUGCCCCAGUCGAGCUUCUUUGCCAAGAGCGUGCCCUUCGAGCAGAUCGACAAGUUGGCCAUCAGCGGUGGUUACUCCUCGAUUUUCGCGAGCAGUGAGCCUGCGGUUCCGGUGGUCGGAAAUUGGGAGCAGCGCUUCUGUCGCCUGGCGGACACCUUCCAGCCGGUCCUCGAUAGGGUUUACGACUUCGAGGUUCGGGAGGAUGACGUCUGGAUUGUGACCCUGCCGAAGUGCGGCACCACUUGGAUGCAGGAGUUGGCCUGGCUGGUGAUCAACAAGUGCGAUUUCGAGACGGCCAAGAGUGUGGAUCUCACGAUUAGGUCGCCCUUUUUGGAAUUUAAUGGAGUAGUACCCAAUGUGCCACAUGACACCAUUGCAGCGGCUAAUGAUCUACCUUCACCUCGUCUCAUCAAAUCCCAUCUGCCCGCCUGGUUGCUCCCCAAACAAAUCUGGAGCAAGCGACCCAAGAUCAUCUAUGUGUACCGCAAUCCCAAGGAUGCGGCCAUCUCCUACUUUCACCACUGGCGUGGCAUGGUGGGCUACCAGGGCACCAAGUCGGACUUCAUGCACUCCUUCAUCGAUGGCUAUGUGAACUUCACGCCCUGUUGGCCACACGUCCUCGAUUUCUGGCAGAUGCGCCAUGAGCCGAACAUUUUCUUCACCAGCUACGAGCGGAUGAAGGGUCAGUUGGGUGAGGUCAUCUCGGAGGUGGCUCACUUCCUGGAUCGGAAAGUCAGCAAGGAGCAAAUCGAGCAGAUGAGGGAGCACCUCUCCUUCGAAAGUAUGCGCGAUAAUCCCGCCUGCAAUCAUGUCAAGGAGUUCGAGAGCAUGAAGGCAGCUGCCGGAAGGGAAGUCGAGGAGUUCAGCUCUUCCCCUCACAGAUUUGUUCGCCGCGGAGUCGUGGGAAGUCACAAGGAUGAGCUCACCGCCGAUAUUAUCCGCGAAUUCGAUCUCUGGUCCGACAUCAAUCUCAGGGAUUACAAAUUGAACAUGGAUGACUUUGCAACAUACAGCAAGUUUGCUUCCGCGUAAAUCGCAACAAUUGUUUUUCGUAUAAUGUAUCUUGUGUAAUCUUUGUUAAUAGUCUGUAAGCUGUGGUGAUAUAAGUUUAAUAAAUAAUUGCUUUCCCGUA